GACCUUAUCUUUGAACCACCGACGAGCGUCGUCGAGGCGCUGUGGACGCACUGCCCUGGCGUGCGGUGGGUCCACUCGCUGGCCGCUGGCGUGGACUCGCUGGUGCCGGUGCUGCGCAGGCUGCCCCGCAUGGAAGGUGUGGCCGUGACCAACGCUCGCGGGGCGUUCUCCUCCAGCCUGGCGGAGUACUCGCUCGCGGCGAUGCUGCACUUCAACAAGCGCAGAGGAGAAGCAGACCUCCGAGGAGGGCCGGUGGAGGUGCCGGUGGAGAACAAGAGACGCAAGGCCUGGGAUAAGUUCGUGAUGCCCGAGCUCCGCGGGCUGUCCGUCGGCUUCGUGGGCUUCGGGGACAUCGGCCAGACCACGGCACGCCUGUGCAGGGCCUUCGGCAUGCGGAUCCUGGCGCUGCGGCGGCGCAAGAGCGGGGCGUCAGAGAAGUGCGACGCGGACGAGGUCUUCGGCAUAGACGAUGCCACGGAGCGGCUGGAGCUCUUCCGCCGCUCCGACUUUGUGGUGUGCUCCCUGCCAGGCACCCCCCAGACGCGCCAUUUCUGCGGGGCCGCGGAGUUCGCUGCCAUGAAGGAGACGGCGGUCUUCAUAUCCAUCGGGCGCGGCGUCUGCGUGGACGAGUCGGCGCUCUGCGAGGCGCUCCACUCCGGUGGCAUUGCUGGCGCGGCGCUGGACGUGUUCGAGGUCGAGCCGCUUCCGGAGAGUUCCCCGGUGUGGGGCGCGCCGAACACGUUGCUCACCUCGCACAACGCAGACUUUACCCAGACGUACUUGAAAGACUCCUGGGAAGUGUUCUACCAGAAGCUGCGUGAGCUUCGCGAGGCGCCCGAGAGUUUCAAAAGUACGGUGAGCUUGGAGGGUGGGUACUGAC